AUGGAAUGGGACCAUGAGUGCCAAAAGGCUUUUGACACCAUCAAGGCCUACAUAAUUCAGCCGCCGAUAUUGGUACCACCCGUGCCGAGCCAGCCCCUCAUUUUGUACCUCACAGUGCGCCGACAGUCCUUAGGGUGCAUGCUGGAGCAAGAAGACGAGUCAACGCGCACGGAAAGGGCGAUAUACUACUUGAGCAGGAAGUUCACCGAAGGGGAAUCCAACUACCCGGAGAUUGCAAAGAUGUGUUGCGCGUUGGUGUGGGUCAUGCAAAGACUCCGACAGUACACGCUCUACCUCACGAUCCGCUUAUUGUCAAAAGCGGACCCCUUGCGGUACUUGCUCGAUAGCCCCUCCUCCAUGAGGAACAUCGCAAAAUGGCGCUGUCAGUUAACGGAAUACGACAUAGAGUACGUGCCUCGCACGUUCGUCAAGGGGCAAGCGAUUGCCGAUCACCUAGUAGAAUUCCCGGUCGAUGACGACACGCCAAUUAACACAGACUUUCCGGAUGAAGGAAUCCUCCAGGUGGAUGAAGCGAAAGAGGAACCGACAUGGAAAAUGUAUUUUGACGGGGCCGUCAAUUCCGUGGGAUCCGGAGUUGGGGCAGUUUUGAUAUCCCCGGAUGGGCGCCAUUACCCGGUCGCGGCGAAAGUGGAUUUCUCCUGUACCAACAACGUAGCCGAGUACGAGGCGUGCAUUCUCGGUUUGCAAGCGGCGAUUGAUUUCAAGGUGAAGGAGUUAGAGGUGUUCGGUGAUUCCAUACUCACAAUCUUCCAAACGUUGGGGCAAUGGAAGACGAAAGAUGUAAAGUUAGUCCCGUAUCACGAAUACCUUGAGGAAUUGGCGAAGAAUUUCGAGAAAAUCUCGUUCACCUACACUCCACGCACAAAGAAUCAGUUCGCCGACACACUUGCGACACUUGCGUCCAUGGCGAGUAUUUCGGAGGGGAAUGUCGUCGAACCGCUCGAAAUCGAAGUGGCCAAACGCCCGGCCCACUGCAACGCGAUCGAAGCGCCCGAAGCGAAGCUGUGGUAUGAGGACAUCAAGAAUUUCUUGCAAACGGGCCAUUAUCCCCCAUGUGCCGACCGCCGCGAUCGAAAGACGCUCAGGGGCCUUGCGAUGCACUACUUUCUGAGAGGCGAGAUACUAUAUCGCCGUUCCUUUGAUUCCACGCUAAUCCGAUGCAUUGACGAGCACGAGUCACGGUGCCUCAUGGAGGAGGUAGCACAUGAUGUUCAAUUGAAGCAUGGAUAUAAUGAGGAGAAGACUUGA